GGGACCGGCGAGUGGAUCCCGAGCCAUUGGCCUGGACAGCCGGAGCCCGUAACAGCAACUGUGCCCCAGCAACCAAAACCAGCCCGGCAUGGAGGGCGAGUGCCGGGUGCUCUCUAUUCAGAGCCAUGUAGUCCGUGGCUACGUGGGCAACCGGGUAGCCAUGUUCGCUCUGCAGGUUUUGGGAUUUGAGGUUGAUGCUGUGAACUCUGUCCAGUUUUCAAAUCACGCAGGCUAUGCCCAUUGGAAGGGGCAGGUGCUGACGUCCCAGGAGCUGCAUGAGCUCUAUGAGGGUCUCAAGGCCAACAGCGUCAAUAAGUAUGACUACGUGCUCACUGGUUACACGAGAGAUGAGUCCUUCCUGGCCAUGGUGGUGGACAUCGUGCAGGAGCUGAAACAACAGAACGCCAAGCUCGUGUACGUGUGUGACCCUGUGAUGGGCGACAAGCGGAACGGGGAAGGCUCCAUGUAUGUCCCCCAGGACCUCCUUCCCGUGUACAGGGACAAAGUGGUUCCGGUGGCUGACAUCAUCACUCCCAACCAGUUCGAGGCUGAGUUGCUGAGUGGCAGAAAAAUCCACAGCCAGGAAGAAGCAUUCCAGGUGAUGGACUUGCUGCACUGUAUGGGUCCCGACACUGUGGUCAUCACCAGCUCUGACCUGCCGUCCCCACAGGGCAGCGACUACCUGAUGGCGCUGGGCAGCCAGAGGAUGAGGAAGCCUGACGGCUCCACGGUGACCCAGCGCAUCCGGAUGGAGAUGCGCAAGGUGGACGCUGUCUUCGUGGGCACUGGGGACCUCUUCGCUGCCAUGCUUCUGGCGUGGACACACAAACACCCCGAGAAUCUCAAGGUGGCCUGUGAGAAGACAGUGUCCGCCAUGCAGCACGUCCUGCAGAGGACCAUCCGGUGUGCAAAAGCUGAAGCAGGAGAAGGACAGAAGCCCAGCCCGGCUCAGCUGGAGCUGAGGAUGGUCCAGAGCAAAAGGGACAUCGAGGACCCCGAGAUCGUCGUGCAGGCCACGGUGCUGUGAGGGCCAUGCUCGCCCACCCGCCCUGACACACAGCGAGCUGAGGUGUCUGUCUCCAUUCCUGUGAAAAGCUGUAAUGUCUGCCUUAGAGCCAUGACUGAAACUUGACAUUGUGUUCCUUCCUGAGAGGCAGGUCCCAGCCAGUCUCUUAUCGUGAAAAUGUGCCAUUGUGCUAUUUUUUUAUAAUAAUGACAAAGCCGUCGUAGAAAUAUGUGAUUCAGACCCAUGGCCCCUUCCCCAAGGCUCUGGGCCUCUGCCUGCCUAGUGUCACCUCACAGGUAUGUGGAAGAUGAGUGGAGGGGGCCAGCCUGCUGCCUCUGGACCCUUCUGUUGGCCACUGGCUGCCGUUGCCUCUGUGCAUACACAAUCCCUGAUUGUGUAUAGAUCCCGCCUGUGUUGGCACUGUGUUUAAAAGCGGGUUAGAUCGUAACCAUUGGCAUCGGAAGAAUUAUGCCAAAUAUCUCCAUUGCCAUUCUGGUCUUUGCCUUGUUCCUGCAUUGGCGUUUCUGUGUCUGUCUCUGCUGCUCUCUGGCUGUCCCAGAAUGUCAGACGUAUGCAGCUGUUGGACUGUGUCCUAUGCCCAGGCUUGGGCAGGCGCACAAGCAUGUGGUCACUGUGACAGGGACCGUGUAAGGAACUGAACAUUCCAGGACAUCUGCAGGCCGCCUGGGGGUCUGCAGGGUCUCCUGUAACUUGGGAGCAAAUUCUAGGAAAUCGACCAGCGGAGGGUUGAGCUGCUGAGCGCAGGGCAGCUUGGGAGUUCAGGGAAGCUUCCCACACUCGCUCCUGUGGGCCACACCCAGCCCUGCAGGACUGUCACCCGGGUGUGGACCUGCCCCAGGCUCCUGGGGACAGGGGUUUGGACAGACAAGGAAGGAGAGGCGGGGAUGGCUUCUGCCCCCUGGUGGCCGACUUAAGUGCAUUUUCUCUUUCCCUACUCACCCCUAUUUCUGUAUUGUGUGCUCACCUCAUGGUGAGGGGCAAGAGGCCCUUAUGUGAAGCCAACUAGCGCUCUGCGUCCUUUGAAGUUCUUCUCCUCUACAGAGUAGAUUGACGUUGUGUGCAUAGGGGCAGCUCUUAGACCCCAACAGGAGACUGUGACAUGUCCCGUUGCCUGCUGCUCAAGGGUGAGUUUCCUGCCUCUGCUUCCCAGAGUUUGGUGACCUGUGUCAGGCUGUGAGUGGGACGGUCCAUUCAUAACAUACCUUGACCUCGGUCAGCACCCACACCUAUUUCAUUGGACUUCAGUUCCUGAGAUUUGCCUCAUCAUCCUCAGCCACGGUCUAAGGAGAAAUUGGACAUUACUUUGGAGCCUAGGGGAUAAGGACCAGAGCCUGUGACUAAGAAGAAACGAUUAGUGCUCUGAGCAUGAGCACAGGCCCUGGGCAGACGUAAGGCUUUCUAGAACCUUCUGCGCCCUGCCAGCCGGCAAGGACAGGGUCUGGCCUGCUAGGAUCCAGAUCAGAAGUGGCUCUCACUUUCUCUUUCCAGAGUGAAAUAAUGUGGAAUAACGAUAAGGAAAUAAUGUGUUUCAAAUGAGCUGCAUUAGCCCAGCGCUGCCCAUUUCCUGUUAGGGACUUUGGUUCCAUCUCAAAGCAUCUCCUUCAACCUCCCGGAUGCUAAGAGGAAUUCCCACAUGCAAUCCUUCUUAGCUCGCUGCCUGCCCCUGUUAGAGAAUCCUGGGCCUCCAUCUUCCUUCUGCAGUAUGAUAGUGAUUGUAAAAAUGAUGCGGCCUUUUCUUCAACUGUGAGAAGCACAGUUUUGGUUUUUGGGUUUUUUGUUUGUUUGUUUGUUUGCUUGGAUUUGUUUUUUUUCUGAGACAGGGUUUUUCUGUGUAGCCCUGGCUGUCCUAGAACUCACUCUGUAGACCAGGCUGGCCUCGAACUCAGAAAUCCACCUGCCUCUGCCUCCCAGAGUGCUGGGAUUACAGGCGUGUGCCACCACCGCCCGGCGAGAAGCACAGUUUUAAAGCACACUUUUAAAAAGCUGCUCAAUUUUUCAGUGGGAGCGGUCUGGGCUUAGCUGUGCCGAAGUGGGGAUUUGAAAGGAGGGGACCGUGUGCCCCACAGGCUGCGUUCCUACCCUGAUGUCCCCCCAACCCCCACCACCACCUGAGAUAAGAGGCCAGCACAGGCUAUUAGAGGUCAGGCUGUCUCCUGUCUUGUUGAGGAAGGCAGGGCCCCUGAAGGAGGCAGGGUGGCCCGAGCAGCUGAGGCCUGUGGUGUGCCCUGGGCAGCUCCUGUUACUGCAGACCUCGCGCUGUCUGUGAGGUGAAGGAAAAGGAAGUGGGUGUGUCGUCUCCAAGCUCUUUGUCUCCUUUCAGCCCCUUGGGAGAUCAUUAACCUGGGGCGGGGCAUCAGUCUGCGUUUGCACAGUUCUCAGGCGCCCAGUGACCACAGGCCGGCCUGACCUCUGCUUGCACUGGCUACUCCAUGAGCCUUUCUUCUGGGACAGGGUGUCCCCCUGGACCAGAGGGCACUGGAGUUUGAGUGGACAGGCACAGACCUAGGCUUUGGUGGUGUGCCCUCCAGAGGGCGCUGUAGCCCAGCGCCCCUUCUAUUGCUGCCAACUGGGGCGCCUUUUCCAAUCACCCACGCGGCUAGCUGCACUGAGAGGCCCAGGAAAGCAAGUCUGUCCAUGUGAGGGAUGGAUGCUGACCACAUGACCCAGCCGUGGAUGCUAAGAAAGGGCGUCCCCGACCCCUAGGGGCAGUUCUGGGAGGGCAGGGUCAGUGUGAGGUUACAAUAGAGCUGUGGUCUCUGUAGGGAGAGCAGUGAGCCAGGGAAGGCUUGAACCUGGUCCCCAGGUCUGAUGAAUGUCACUCCCCGACCCUCUGAGUGAUGUGGACGUGUCCUGGGGCAGAGGUGCAGCUGGCCACGCAUGUGCCAGUCCUCAUGCUUUUCCACACUUUCUGUGACAGCUGUAGAUGGUGGCUGAAGGCAUCUGCAGGUUCCAGUCCUGUCCACAGUCCUGUCCAGAGAAGAGAGGUUUUGGCCUCCAGUUGCACUCUCAGCAUCCACCAGCAGGGGGCGCAGUAGAGACAGCAGCAUCAGAGGCCCAGACAGAUGCUGGCUGGUACCAGCCCAUUAAACAGCAGUCUUUCUGCCAGGAGAUUUGGUUGGAUGUUUUUUACUGUGCAAAUCUUUCUGUGAACGCUGUGUAACACCUCAAAGUAGGUGGGAGCUCAGUGUGUUCCCAGUCCUGCCUGACAUCCCCGGAAGCCAUUGCUUGGUCAGCAUGGCUAGAAUUGACAGUUUGUAAAUAUCCGUGCAUUUCGCACUGUGUGUUUCCUUGCUGGCUCUGAUUUAUUCUUGUUGCAGACACUUUCCAUGCAGUGAUUAAUAUAAAACAAUGUUUUAUAUGUCAUAUUUUCCCAUCCCUACACUCUGACGGGUUUAAUUUGCUUAAAACCAGAAUUUAAUGAGUAAUUUUAAAUUUAAAAUUUAACAGCAUAUAAAACUUAUAAUCAUGGAAUUUUUUUUCUUUUUUUUCUUUUGCCUGAUAUGGUGAUGUACACCUGAUGUCUGGUACCAUAUAGGCUGAGGCAGGAGGAUAUUGACUUUAAAAUCACUCUAUGCCAUGUCGUAAGACUCUUUAAGCACAUACAAGGCUAUGCCUAAAUUGUUUUUCUUGUCUUUUAAAUUUUCUGGUAGAAUAAACACAAUUUCACGAUUGCCCACUACUGAGCCAGGCAGAGACUGUCCGAAGAACCGGAGUCCUCUCCAUGUAUUACCUCCCUUGCCUGUGGCUUGGCUCCCCCGUGCCAGCAUCUCCUCAUUCCUUCCCUGGCUCACCGCCAGCCAGUUUCUGGUCUUUGUGCAAUAGGAUACACAUUCCACGUGGAAAACGUCUCCCUGAUGCCACCCUGCCCUGGUCAGCUCAGACUGCCUCUGCCCCGGAGCUACAGAUGGGUGGAAACAGAGGAGAGGGCCUGCCACUCUGAGUUCCAUGCAUGGAAGCUCCCAGAAGGCCUUGGGUAUGACCUUGGCCAUAGCUCACUGCCCAUCCUAUAGAGCCAGCAGGCCUGACGAGAUGUUGAGUAAAACCAUGUCUGCAGCUUACGGACUGCCUUGCAGAGGUAGGCAGUCCCCCACGCAGGCGGGUGGAGGUGCCUUCAACCUUAGUGUGACCUGGGCCUGUGCUCUGGAAGCCUUCGAGCUACACUGUCACAGAGGACCCGGUUCAUGCCUGACGUGAGGAGGGUGUGUCCUGGGGGGGGGUGACAGGGCACAGUAGAGGAUGCAGAGGCUUAGCACAUCCUUCUCCCUCGUUCCUACAGAGCAGGAAGGACCAAGUGAAGUUUCCUCAGAGCUCAGGCCUGAGUGAUUCCCACAAAACAGCCAAGACCAUUUUCAGGAUGAUGGGGGUGUGGUGUGUGAUGUCCUUCUUUUGUGAAUGGAGGUGAAUUCUUCAUGGACAAAGCUCUGGAAGGAUGAGAUGUGGGUGACGUCUCAAAUGCUCUUAGCUUCAUAGCUGCCCAUUCCUAGCACAGAGCCGGUCAGAAUGCCACCCAUGUGUUGCAAACCUGGACCAACUGGAGGAUGGGUUGCACCUGUGGGGCUGGCCUGACCCUGCUAGUCCUCCCCAGAGACCUCAGCGCUGUGGAGGCCCCUGGCCUUUAGAGCAAAGCACAGUUGGCCCCUCAGUCCCUGCUGUGUAGGAGGGGUGAGCUCUAGGCCCAGGUGGUCUCCUGCCCAAGUCCCCCAGCCCUCUGUACUGUCCCGUUAGCGUGUUUGCAGACGUGAGCACCUGUCAGCACUGUGUAUCUGUGUCUGUUUUGUGCUGGUCUGUUGUCUUCUAUGACUACCCACAAAUAAAUAUUUUCAUUGCA